AUGAAUUCCAACAAUAAUAAUAACAAUGACAGUUCAAGUGAGGAUGACAUGUAAGUGUACGAAACUCUAACGAAAUUGCCUCCUGCAAAUGAUUUGCUUCCUAGGAAAUUGACUAUAGAUAUUGAUGUAAAAUCAUUAUACCCACUUAAGUGAAUCAUAAUAUUUAUACAUUUAGAGCUCUUCCGCAAUUUUGCAAGAAUUAUGUCUCUUUUUUAGAGGAAUCAACCCAUCGUCAUUGUGCUAUAUAGGAAACUGCUGCUGGUGAUGAAAAUAGAACUUUACUUGAUUAUUACGAUGAAAAUAAACAAAAUCUUGUGUAUAAGCGAUUUGAUCAGUUGGAUUUAGGAAAGAGGACAACCAACGACAGAACCUACUUCGCUACUUUAAUAGCCAACUUUAAAAGGUAAAUCAUAAUGCUAAAGAAAGAGCACAGCCAAAAGUCUUUUUUAGAGGAGAAGCACUUUUUGAUUAGAAAUUAACUUCCUGUGCGUCUGAUUAAAUUCAAUUUGAUUCCAACUUUGAAUCUGGCAACCUCUUUUGUGCAUUUAAGAAAUCAGAAAAUGUGUAUGAUCUGAUCAUUUAAAAUGAUAUCAAUACUAGGGGCAACACUUAAUGGUUCUUCUUUAGUGUGACUGGAGCUAAGGCAGGAUAAACCAUACAAUUUAAUUUGCUUAAUCAUGUAUAAGAUUAUUUCUCAUCAUAAUCUAGUUGAAAAGUGGUAGUCUUUUCAAUGAGGGAUUGCAACCAGCUGUCUAUUCUCUUAAGGAUAACCAAAUAAACGGAUCUGAAUGGUGCAGGGAUGGAUUCAAUAUCAGCUACUUUAAAAGUCCAUUCAUGAAGGAAUACCCACUCUCUUUGAAAAGGAAAUAUUAUCAGUUGAGAUUUCAUUACACAUUCAAACACAAUGACGACAAGGUCUACUUCGCUCACUCCUAUCCCUACACUUAUACUAAUUUACUAGAGUUCCUAAACACACAAUUAGAUGAUCAAGAAAGAAAUCAGUAACUGAUAUUAAUAAAAAAGGCAUCUAUCUCGCAAAGUCCUAUGCACAACUCUUGGAGGCAAUACUUGCGAAGUAUUGACUAUCACCUCAAAUUCACUGUAGCGUAGAGCCUAUAGAAAGGGCGUUGUCUUUCUAGCCAGACAGCAUCCAGGUGAACCUCAGGGCUCUUAUGUGAUGCAAGGAAUUAUUGAUUUUCUUACAUCGAAUACUCCAUAGGCUGAAUAUUUGAGAUAGAAUUGCAUCUUUAAGUUGUUUCCCAUGAUGAAUCCAGAUGGAGUUGUCAAUGGGAACUAUAGAUGUGGAUUAGAAGGCAGCGAUUUAAACAGAAGGUGGAAAAAACCCAAUAAAUAUUUACAUCCCAGUGUGUACUAUGCUAAAAAGUAUGUCAAAGGGUUCAGUAAAGAGAGACAAAUCAUACUUGUCAUUGAUUUGCAUGGUCAUUCAAGAAAGUAAUAUUAAGUAUCUAUCAAUUUAAGAUAAUCCUCCUUUGUUUAUGGAUGUGCCUAUUCUUCUUAAGUUAAAACUAUUGAGCGAGUGUUUGCUUUGUUGAUGGCUAAACUAAAUCCAUUUAUGGAUUAUCCCUCCUGUACCUUUAGGAUUGAGAAUGCUAAAGAUAAGACGGCUAGAAUUCAACUCUGGAGAGAAUUGAAAAUCAACUGGGUUUAUACUUAUGAGUGCAGUUUUUAUGGAUAAUAGAAAAAACAUUACCAGAUCAAGGAUUAUCUCAACUGUGGUGUGAGUAUUUGCAAUGCACUGUCAUAAAUUGUUAAAGACACUUCAAAGGAAUUCACGAAUUAAGCCAAUGUUCCUGAUAUCUAAUAGCAAAUGCUAGAAGAAUUAGGCAAGAUGCCAUAGACUGAUGACUAAGACAAUGGAUCUGAUUCUAGUUAAUCUGAAGCUGAAUUAUCGGAUGAUGAAUUAGUUCAAUUAUUUUAACCUAAGACUUAUUCAACCAAACAAAAAAACUUUUUAAAACAACAAGAAUUCAAUAAAAAAAAGCCUUAACCGGUCAAUCCAAAAUCAACUAUUAACACUUAAAAAGCUUCCAUCUUACAAGAGUCACCUUCUAAGAAUUCAGAUCAAAAACCUCCAAUGAGUAGUUAGAAGCCUAAGAAUACUUUGUAUAGGAUCCAAGCCCCCUAGAGAUUAAGGUAGGUUGAACAGACAAAAUUGCCUGAUCCUCCACUGAUGGUUGACAAAUCAGUAUAAACUGAUGAUUGGAUGUAUAGAUAAUGGCUAAUUCAAAUGGGAAAAAUGAAGAAACAACAAGAAUUUCAAAGUUUUACUCCCACAAGGAAUAUAUAUAAAUCUUCAUCACAAUCAGUAACUAGAUUUAUUGUGAAAAAUUCCUCAACUAAAAACGAUAGAGGUCGUGUUGAUUCAAUUUCACUUGUAACAUCAGGCUUACAAAAUAAAUUAAGUAAAAAUUAUUUAACAAUUAAGUUUCUUCUAGUCAAUAGCGGUAAAUGAUGAGGUACUCUGGUAGUAACUUUAUGUCUUGA